CGUAGUAUUUGUGUGCGGGGCCAGAAUUAUCAACGGAACCAGUCGUCAAAUCUCUUUCAGCAGAAAACCUUUGCGUUUCCCAUCUGCGCCUGAUUUUGGCCCAAAAAUUUAACCCCGGGGGACCCGGAACCAAAGAGCUGAGCGCGGAACCAAAGAGCGCGGCUCGGUUGCCGGCCGGCCCCGCGCGCGGCGGCCGGAAGCGACGGGAGGUGGGCGCGGAGGAGGCGGCGGCGGCGGGAGCCCCGCUCGGGGCCGGGCCUGGCCGCGGGGCUGAUGCAGGAUGGCCCACAGCCAGUCUCGGAAGCGAUCGCGAAGCAGGAGCAAAAGCAAUUCUCGGAGCAGACAGGAGAGGAAGGAGAAGAAAAGGAGGAAAAGCAGCAAGGACUCGCACCGGGACAGCAGCUCUCCUCCCAGGAAGCAGACCUCUGGGUCUCACAGACACAAGUCGAGCUCAGCAGCAGCUAAGGAAGAAAAGAAGAAGGAAGGAAAGGACAAAAAGAAGAAGGAAAGAAAGGACAAAAAGAAGAGGAAGGCAAGUACCUCUUCCUCUGAGACAGCAUCUUCAUCCACCAGUUCCUCCUCGUCUUCCUCUUCCUCCAGCUCCUCUUCUGAUGACUCCAGUGACAGUGACUCCAAAACGAAGAAGAGUCGACACAGCAAAAAAAAGCGAGUGAAACAGAAGGACAAAAAGAAGAAGAAGAAAAUAAAGAAGAAAUCAAAGAAGAAGUCAAAGGAAAAGGCUAAGGAGGAGAAAGCCAAAGGAGAAGCGAUGCCUGGCCCCUCGCUGGAGCAGUGGCAGAAGGAAUCGCUGGUGGACUCUGGACCAGUUUUAACAGAUGAACAAAAAUCUCGAAUCCAGGCUAUGAAGCCAAUGACGAAGGAAGAAUGGGACGCGAGGCAGAGUGUCAUAAGGAGAGUCGUGGAUCCCGAAACUGGGAGAACCAGGCUUAUUAAGGGAGAUGGAGAAGUACUAGAAGAAAUCGUCAGCAAAGAGAGACACAAGGAGAUUAAUAAGCAAGCCACCCGAGGGGACGGGCUGGCCUUCCAGGUGAGGACGGGGAUGCUGCAGUGAGUCCCAGCUGUGCCAGAAGCCUGUCCUGCUGUCAGCAGCAGCCCAGAUGUGAGCCUCUGUCUCUGGACCACACAGCACCGCGUCAGGAUGCCUCCCCAGGGGCAGUUUCCAGCUGUUCUGUAAGUUACCAACUGGGAAAGAGAGUGACAUUAAUGGUUCAUCUCCCAGUAAACAGCUUCUCCCCUCCCUCCCCUGACUGGGGCCAGCAUGGCUGUAAUGCACGUGGCCCUGCUUACCCCACUGCCCCUUCCAGGGCUGGAGGAGCUCAGCAGCACCCGGGGAGAGGCUCCCUGGCCCUGAGCACCAAGAGGUGCUGCUGCCCCUCAGCUCUGGGCUGCAGUGGGUAGAAGCCAACACUGUGGCCAGGCCAGGGUAUGCAGCUG